CUUUUAUAGCGACUCACGGGGGAACCCUUUCGCACUCCCUCGCCGUACUCCCUCUCCCUCUUGGCACUCGCAUUCCUUUUCACUUCGAAACCCUAGAAGGGAGAGAGAGACGGAUCGAAUCUCCUCGACCCAGAUUCUCUCUUCUUCUGCUGCUGCUGCUGCUUCUUCUUCUCCGGUGAAACCUCGUUCUUGGUGGGGUUGCGACGGGCUCCGACGUCGGCGAAGCGGCUUCCUCGAUCUCCCGCCAUGAAUCCGGAGUAUGACUAUCUAUUCAAGCUUCUGCUUAUUGGAGACUCUGGUGUCGGCAAGUCAUGUCUCCUCCUAAGAUUUGCGGAUGACUCAUACUUGGAGAGCUAUAUCAGCACCAUUGGAGUUGAUUUUAAAAUACGUACGGUGGAGCAGGAUGGGAAGACCAUUAAGCUUCAAAUUUGGGAUACGGCUGGACAAGAACGUUUCAGGACAAUUACUAGCAGUUAUUAUCGAGGUGCCCACGGUAUUAUUAUUGUAUAUGAUGUGACAGACCAAGAGAGUUUCAACAAUGUAAAGCAGUGGUUAAAUGAGAUUGAUCGUUAUGCAAGUGAGAAUGUCAACAAGCUUCUUGUGGGAAACAAGUGUGAUCUUACUGCCAACAAAGUUGUGUCCUAUGAGACAGCUAAGGCAUUUGCUGAUGAAAUUGGUAUACCAUUUAUGGAGACUAGUGCGAAGGAUGCCACUAAUGUGGAGCAGGCCUUCAUGGCAAUGGCUGCUGCAAUAAAGAACAGGAUGGCUAGCCAACCGGCCACAAAUAGUGCACGGCCACCGACAGUGCAAAUCCGGGGACAACCUGUCAAUCAGAAAACCUCCUGCUGUUCUUCUUAAGUCGAUCAGGAAGUUACCGGAGGUUAACUAAUUGCAUGGGUGCCUACUUGCUGAGAUGAUUCGGGCUUCAUAGUAGUAUAGACGUAAGUUUCCAUUGUUUUCCUGGGCUGUCUCCAGUUUUUAAACCAUGUGAAUAUUUUCGUUUCUAUUGUUUAAAUGAUUAUUUUAGUUGGUGCCAUGUGACUUCAUUUGGAUUGUACGUUAGUUCUUUUAUUAGUUGUUUCAGCACUGAAAAGGAAACCAAGCGCCCUGGCGAUUCCCGAGGGAAAUGCAACUGGAGGUGAAAGACGUCUUGGACAAGAUCUACUUCUUAUGUUCCGACUCUCAACUGGUUCGUGCGCAUGAUUCUGCUCAUUCAGAGGCAUCCUUUCUGGCUUGUUAACGGGUUGAAAACGAGUUUUUCAGAUCUGAAGUCAAUGAGCUCUUGGGUUUGACAAUUCGAGUGUUGGGUCCUGGCAUGUUCAACAGUAUGUCGGGUCUGUUCUUUUGUACAGAGAAGUGAUUAACAUCUUGUUAGGUUUAGGUGUCGGUGAACAUCUCGUUAUCUUCCACGACCUAUUUAUGGCGGGCCCAAAGGAAAGGUUGUAACUAAGCGUUGUUCAGAGUGAAAAUGAUCUAGAACAUUCAAGUUUUUCAUGUCAA